AUGGCGGUCGCCAUGGCGUGGCUGCGGCGGGGCGCCUGGGGCCCGGCCCGGCGGUACGGGCUGGCGGCCGGCCGGAGCUAUAGCGGCGGCGGCGCCUACCCCAGCGUGUCGCUGACCUGCCCGCUGCCCGGCGUGCCCAAGGCGGUCUUCGCGGCGGCUGAGGGCCGGGAGCGGUUCGAGACGCGGGUGACGGUGCUGGAGAACGGGCUGCGGGUCGCCUCCCAGAAGAAGUUCGGGCAGUUCUGCACCGUGGGCCUUCUUAUAAAUUCGGGAUCAAGACAUGAAGCGAAAUAUCUCAGUGGCAUCUCUCACUUCUUGGAAAAGCUGGCCUUCUCCUCCACAGCUCAGUUUGGCAGCAAAGAUGAAAUUCUCCUCACCUUAGAAAAGCAUGGGGGCAUUUGUGACUGCCAGGCAUCGAGGGACACCAUAAUGUACGCUGUUUCUGCCGAUGCCAAAGGCCUGGACACAGUGGUCAACUUGCUGGCUGAUGUAGCACUACAGCCCAGGUUAUCAGAUGAAGAAAUUGAGAUGACUCGAACGGCUAUACGAUUUGAGCUUGAAGACUUGAAUAUGAGACCUGAUCCAGAGCCUCUGCUCACAGAAAUGAUCCAUGCGGCAGCCUACAGAGACAAUACAGUUGGACUGAACAGGUUCUGCCCAGUGGAAAAUACUGACAAAAUUGAUCGAGAAGUCCUGCAUUCGUACCUGCGCAACUACUAUACGCCGGACAGGAUGGUGCUGGCCGGGGUGGGAAUCGAGCACGAGCAGUUAGUGGAGUGUGCGAAGAAACAUCUGCUUGGAGCUGAGCCGGUGUGGGGCAGCGGGCAGACCAAGGACGUGGACAGAUCUGUGGCUCAGUACACGGGAGGCAUUGUCAAGGUUGAAAAAGAUAUGUCAGAUGUGAGUCUGGGCCCUACUCCCAUCCCAGAGCUUACCCACAUCAUGAUUGGGUUAGAAAGCUGCUCAUUUUUAGAGGAAGAUUUCAUUCCCUUUGCGGUAUUAAACAUGAUGAUGGGAGGUGGUGGCUCUUUUUCAGCUGGAGGGCCUGGCAAGGGCAUGUUCACCCGACUGUAUCUCAAUGUGCUCAACAGGCACCACUGGAUGUAUAAUGCAACCUCUUACCACCACAGUUAUGAGGAUACAGGUCUCCUCUGUAUACAUGCCAGUGCAGAUCCAAAACAGGUUCGAGAGAUGGUGGAAAUCAUCACAAGAGAAUUCAUUCUAAUGGCAGGAGCAGUAGGAGAGGUAGAACUUGAGCGAGCAAAGACGCAGCUGAAGUCCAUGCUCAUGAUGAACCUUGAGUCUCGGCCAGUUAUCUUUGAAGAUGUGGGAAGGCAAGUGUUGGCAACAAACACAAGGAAGCUACCUCAUGAGCUCUGUGCCCUGAUCAGUCAGGUGAAAUCUACUGAUAUCAAGAGAGUGGUCACUAAGAUGCUUCAUAAAAAACCAGCUGUGGCUGCACUGGGUGACUUAACAGAUUUGCCCACUUAUGAACACAUCCAGACGGCACUUUCCAGUAAGGAUGGGCGACUCCCUCGGAUGUACCGGCUCUUCCGAUAAAGCACUGCAUUGUGCACGUGUCUGACAGACUUGCUUCUUUUUUAAUAUGUUUUUGAGAUUAUAAUAUUGCUGCAAGCCUUUCCCCCCAUCUUUCCACGCAUACUGUGCAAACAUGGAGCUAUGCUACAGCUGAACAAAGCUGCUUCAGAACGCUGGACUGUGAAGAGCUCAUUAUGUUGGGCUUAAAGGCCCACCCUGGCUCUGGAUGAGUACUUUGACCCUCUGAGUAGGUUACAAGAGAAGAUGGGUGUAUACAGCCUUCUCUUGGCACUGGGGAGAACAUAGCAAACCAAAAUAUUCAUCACUACAACUGAAAGCAUGUCUCUGAGAAGUCAGUCACUGCUGUGUGUUACCACGUAAUCGUAUCAGCAGUAGAGGUGGGGCUGUCACACUGGAGGUCCUGGGGUGUCCCCUUGUUGAGGAACGUGGUGGCCUGUUAAAGAGCUUGGCUUCCAUAGGUGAAUUCAAAGAAUAUCUAUAGCUGUUACCAAGGUGAACAAAGACUUGGUCAAACGGAAUUAGGAAAAUACUAGUUAUUAUCCAUCUGAAGUUAGGCAACAAGUUUCCUGCAGUCCAGGUUUUGUUACAAGCAUCACGGAUCCAUUUCAUCAGUGUAAUUUACCAUCUGCAGUACUACUACAAGUAAGUCACAUGCCUGGAAAUAACUCCAUAAUUUUGCUAGAGCUCAGAGGAAAGUAGACCUAUGGCAUAACCAACAGUUUCUGGGGAGUCCACAGAGCUACUGUGCAUAAUGCUACGGGGACACUUACUGUAGAAUUAAAGCAAUCCUAUUCUUUAGGUUUUUCACUUGCAAGUGAACUAUGCUAAAGAAUAAAAGUUCUUUUACUCCAGAGUUGGUAUCCAAACAGGAAGUUAUUAAAGGAGUUGCUGCUGCACCCUACUUUCUUCAAAUGGUCACACAGAUGAACUUAAGGCCUUGCAAAAAGAAGACAGAAUCGUCAGUCUCAGAGCAGAGAUGGAGCUCAGCUAGGAGUCAAGAUCAACAAAAUGAUGUUCAGAAAGCUCAGGAUCUUGAAAGCAACUGAUACGAAGCUAAGUGCCAUGCAUUUGAUAUACUGAAGAAAUGGAGACCCAAAAGAAAGGAAAUAAAACAUCUGAUUUACAUAAUCCCCUAACAUAGGGACUUAAAAAUUUAGACAGCUGCAUUGCAGCACUUCACUGGCUCAAUGUGCAUUGUAAGGAGCAAUCAAACUGGGAGCGGAACACUGUGAGGCAGCUAUUGCCUGCUUUAUCCCCAUACCUUUCCUCAUGCAACUAGAAGAAAACAUGUUGCAUUGCUUCUUGUGGAACCCACAGUAUGGACGUCCUAUUCAGUUGUUGUAUCUGUUUGUAAGAAAAUAAAGAGACCUUUAAAUG